CAAGAGUGGAUAAAACAGCCGUGAGAACCUGACAAUCAUAUCUAUGAGUUUUUUAAUUAGUCAUGAUGACUAAUCAGGACCUGGGAAAGAUAGUAUUUUGAUGGUGUCCUAAGUAAUACUGAAAUGUGUCCUAUUUAAGUGUAGUCUGGCGAGCAAAGUGUGUGCCGUGCUAGGAUGGGGAGUCCUAAGCUACAGUUCCGAGGGUCACUGAGCUCCAUAGACCCCAGGAAGUCACCAGUGCUGAUUGUAGGGCAGCUGGGGCACCUGACCAGCCUGUCAUUCUCUGAUGUGGCCCCAAGACUCCAGCCCAGGGUGGAUGAGGAGGCCUGGAAUCUUGCCGUCAACAGCCUGCAGCCCUCCCCAACAGAUUAUUGCUCACUCUACCUGAAUCUGGCCACUGUGGCUGCUCUGCCCAUCAAGUGUUCCCGCCACAACACCCCGUCCAGGACCCACGCUGUUACCAAGCUUGUCAAGACCCACUCAACUGGUGGAGAUGAGUGUAUUGUGCUGGUGUGUGAGAGAAAUGAUGUGUAUGCCAGUGCCUGUGGGGUGGCACGUGCCUACCCCACCUACUCCCGAAAGACAGCCUCUGGAGCUUCUUCCACAGAGCACACAGUGACAGUGGAGGUGCUGCUAGUAGGGAAGGGAGAUGCUCCUCUCACGCAGGAAGACAUCAAGUUGCUAGAGGAUGCUGUGUUUAGUGUCCGCCUUGCUGCCAGGAUUGUUGACACUCCUGCCAAUGAGAUGCACACUGAUGCUUUCAUUGAGGAAGUGCACAAAGUUGCCCAAAUAUUAGACAUAAAGCCCAUGAUCAUCCGGGGAGAUGAUCUGGCUGCCAAAGGCUUUGGUGGCAUCUAUGGUGUUGGCAAAGCAGCCAUCCACCCUCCAGCUCUGGUGGUGCUCUCCCACUUGCCAUCUGGAGCCACUGACAGCAUAGCCUGGGUUGGCAAAGGCAUUGUGUAUGACACUGGUGGACUCAGCAUCAAAACUAAGACUAGCAUGCCCGGUAUGAAAAGGGAUUGUGGAGGUGCAGCUGGCAUACUUGGGGCAUUCUGUGUGGCUGUGCAGUCUGGAUUCACCCAGAACCUACAUGCCAUAUUCUGUUUAGCAGAAAAUGCUGUUGGGCCAACUGCAACAAAGCCUGAUGACAUUCACACACUCUACUCAGGAAGGACUGUGGAAAUCAACAACACUGAUGCUGAGGGUCGCUUGGUACUGAGUGAUGGCGUUGCUUAUGCUGCCAAGGAACUGCACUGCUCUACAAUUCUGGACAUGGCAACCCUCACAGGGGCUCAGGGCACAGCCACAGGGAAGUUCCAUGGUGCUGUGCUAACCAACAGCCAAGAUUGGGAAGAUGCAGCUGUGUCAGCUGGAGUAGUUUCAGGGGAUCUGCUUCAUCCACUCCCCUUCACCCCUGAGCUUCACUUUGCUGAAUUUGCUUCUGCAGUGGCUGAUAUGAAGAACUCUGUUGCUGAUCGUUUAAAUGCUACUGCCUCCUGUGCUGGUCUCUUUAUUGCCGCCCACCUUGGAUUUGACUUCCCUGGAAGUUGGAUUCAUGUUGACAUGGCCUACCCAGUACACUGUGGUGAGCGAGCAACAGGGUAUGGUGUUGGUCUCCUGCCAGUAUUGUUUGGGCAUCACUCCCAGAGCAGGCUACUGAAGAACUUGGCUCCUAUUUUGUCAGAGAAUGGAGGAUGUGAAGAGAAUUGUAAGGCCUCCAAGAAGAUGAGGUUAUCAUAAUUCACCAUUGCUUUCUAAUGUUUGCUCACAUCCUUUAAUAUUCUCUAAUAUUUGGUGACAAUAAUUUUAACUUACCAUCCAUUUACUUUUUUUUCACCAUUAAUUACAAACAGGGUCACAGUUAUGUAAUUCAUCAGAAUCAAAACUGUACACAAGGAUCCUUCCAUUCUAGCAUAAGACAUGAUGAAAGGUCUGCUACUUAAAUGUUUGAAGGGAAUGUCAAUCCCAUACUCAUUGUGUUGACAUUACAAGAUGAGGUUGUCAGGAUUGUCAGGAAUGUUUGGCAGCUUCCUUUGAUUACAAGAUACUGAGUUUUUAUUUAUUUACUUUUCUUUGGAAAUUUUUGCAGAUUAUUCAUAACUAAGAGAACACAACAGUCUGAAAUAAAGAAAAGGAAAAAUAGGAUUAUCAGUGUGAACUGUCCCUAACCAGGUUGGUUUUCUCCACUCAACUGCCAGUCUCAGUAUUUCUCUUUGACAAUGUUUGUGUACUUUCCUGUCUUUGACUUGACAUUGAUCUAAAGUGUGGUGAUAAAGGGUUCUUCAAAAUAGUUUCUUAAAAAAAAAUAAUUAUGUUCUAAUAGUAAUCUGGAAUCUAAACCAGAUAAUGCUAGUGCCAAGAACCCAGAUGUGGAUGAAUUAUCAUGGGUGUUGAGAGCUGCCUGGGUGAUGGUGCAGUCUUUGAAGGUGCCGUUCAAGAUAUUGUGGAUGCCUACAUAUUUCUUGCUAAGUGAAUAUGGAUUACAGAGUGAAAGAGGACGGUCCAAAUUCUGUCCACCUGGUCAAGGAUUCAAAACUGGAACCUCUGGGUUUUGAGCCAAGUCUUGAGGUGAUACAAAUAAGUGUGUGUUGCACUACUCAUGUCAUGCCAUUUCUUUUGCUUGCCUCAUGAAUGAUAGGCUGAUGCCCUUAUGGAUUCCUGUCACUAUUUACAGUUUGCCAAAUAUUUCCAUUGACCUAACACUGGAAGAGUGCAGGGAAGGCUAGAGGACAACAGAAUAUAUCAGAAUUUAUGUCAGUGAAAACUUGCAUUUCCAAGGCAGAAGGAGUGCUUCAGUGUUCAUGUAAAUUAGCAAACAGUACAACCUUGAAUACAUAUAUACUCUGUGCCAUUUUACAAAGAUUGGAGGAAAGCUGAUACAAAGUUUGAUACUUAUGUGUACUUCCAAAGACGAAAACAAAAAAUAACAUGUAUAAUAUUUGAUACAAGUGUACUUCUUCAGGAACUUGUUGUUUGCCAUUCCUUUGUGUAGUCAGUUGCAGUAUUAUGUGAAGAAUGCUGGAAUGUUCACCUUGGUAAUAGGGGUGUUCAUCAUCCAUGAAAUGACAUAUCAGUCAUUCAUUAUACAGUUCUUGUCAUAGUAAUGUACCUCAUCCAACAGGUGCCUUUAGUACUGUUAACAGCAAAGUAACAUUCAGUUACUUUAAUGACCAUUUUUCUGAACAAAAACUGGAAAGAUUUCCAUUAAUAUUUAAUUUUCAUGUAUGUUUUAUGUUGAUUACUUAUGUACUUAUUUUAAUAUAUAUAUAUAUAUAUAUAUAUAUAUAUAUAUAUAUAUAUAUAUAUAUAUAUAUAUAUAUAUAUAUAUAUAUAUAUAAUUAAUACGAGUUGACAUGUUAUCAGUGAUUUACCUUAUUGAUGUCCAGGCAUUCAUAAAAAUCAGUUGAGUUUUUUCUUUUAUUAAUGUCCAGACAUUUAUGAAAGUCCAUUAAGUCAGUUUAGCCUCAGAUUAAAUCCUGGAAGAACAUAGCAUUGUCAUAGAGAUCAAUUUUCUAUUUUAUCUGAUGCAACACAGUUUGUAGUGGUCUGUUAGAAUUGUGAAUCACAUAAUUAAGGGAAAUACUAUACAAGGAAAUGUUCAUUUUUGCAUAAAUGUAUAUUGUGCUCUGUAUCUGAUUCCCAGGAUUUUUUUAUUUCAUUGUUUUAAAACUUAUUUUAUAGUUUAAUAGCAGCCAUGUUUGCCAAUCUCUGCAACUGCUGUGGUGCAUUGAUUAUAUGACAUUAUUUGCCACUCCAAACUGUGCCCAUGAAUAUUUUUUCAAAUGUCUUGUCACUUCUACUGCUGCCAUCUACAUUGCAUCAAAUAUCCAGUGUAGUCAUGCUGAACCACAACCUAAACAAGGACCUGAUCAGUGCUUGCCAGACAAAUACUCCACUACCUGUUGGAACACUCCUCUGAUGAGCCUACCAGCAGCCGCUUGCACAUAAUGAAAUAAGAAUGAACAGAUUUAAGAACAAAAAUAAAAAGAUAUUAAAAAUAUUAAACACACACUGCAAUUGUAGAGUAAUUACUUUGUGAAAACACAAAAAUGAUUGAUAUAAUAGAAUUAUAUCUGCGCUGGACAGCUAACACCUUACUUGUAUAACUCUCAUAGGAUUAUGACAGAGGACUUCCCUUCUCCCUAAGAAACAAUUGAAAAUUAAACUCAAUCUCUUAAAGGAGAGCCAAGUAUUGUAACACAGUCACCCACCUCAGAUGCAGAAAGUAUUAGUAAUGUGCAAUGUCAGGUAAAUAAUACAUAUGCUUUAAAAACAACUUCCACCCAACACAUUUCUUUAAUAUUCCAACAAAUUGGUUUAUAAAAAACUUAAUACUAUCUGUACAAUU